AAAGCGUCAUAUUUGACUUAAAAGAUGUUGUUCGGCUAAUAUUGGACGAUGGACUGUGUUUCUGAAAAUCUUAGUUAACACUUAUACUUCUUUAAGAACGCUAAAGAAGUCAUAUUUUUUAAACAGAAAAGAUGGCUAUGAGAAAUUUGGUGGAGGGGGAAUGUGGUGGAUCAAAUUCACUGAUGAAAUUGACGUCACAUUUCACACAGGAUAGAGGAUUACGACAGGAAAACUUCAGUCAUGGAAGAGUCCAACACCCACAGCAAAUGCAUGGUAGACCAAUAGGACAGUCAACAGAAAACGAGUUAGUAGAUGAGUUUCUGUCAAGUCAGAGAAUUACAAUGGCUCCACAGACAUUCCACAUGGGCGGAUUACUCCAGGAAAUGAGAGAAAUAGAGGAAUCUGAAUUCAAAUACACACCUGAGAGAGCUCCAGCAAUAGCAGAACUUGCUUCGUCAGACUCAUGGGCUCAGGAAUUCCUCACAACAGAAGCUGACAGUCCAUCAGAGAAAUGGUCCAGUGAAUAUUUAUCAGAGAAACCCACACAAAUUUUAGCUCCUACUAACCUUAAAUGGGCUGAGGAGUACUUAGAUCAGACAGAAGCACACACUAGACCAUGGGAAGAAGAAUUUAAAGAAUUGGAUGACACAAAAUGGUUGGAUGAAUUCUCCUCAGAAAGGGAACAAAAUAAAGAAUUAUCAGAUACAGCCAAGGAAUUGUUAGGAUCUGUUAACGAUCCCAAGUUCAGUAAUUCUGAAUUUAUGAAGUUUGUGAAGCGGAUAGGGGAUGGAGAAAUUACUAUAGAGAAUAAUGAUGUGAUAGAAUUGUCCCAACAAGACAAGGCUGAAGAUUGGGCUCAGGAGUUUUCUGUAAAUCAGGCUGGUAAAUCAUUAGUUGAUCAGUGGGAAGAUGAGUAUGCUGAGAUGACAGGGAACCAGGAUGUAACAGAUGAAAACUUCUGGGAAAAAUUACAAAAACAUUGGGAGGAUGUCGACAAAACUACAAAUGAUGGUCAUCCAUGGCUAACAGAAUUUGAACAAACAGAUCCAUAUAAAGAAUAUAAAUUUGAAGAAGAGAAUCCUUUGAUAGAUCAUGAGAAUCCAUUCCAAGCAGGCUUAGAUAAGUUACAGGAGGGAGAUAUACCUAAUGCUGUUUUAUUGUUUGAAGCUGCAGUGCAGAAAAAUGAGCAACAUGCUGAGGCCUGGCAGUAUUUAGGUACAACACAGGCAGAAAAUGAACAAGAACCCGCUGCAAUAGCUGCACUUAAAAAAUGUUUGGAAUUGAACAGUUCAAAUUUAACAGCACUAAUGUCCUUAGCAGUUAGUUAUACAAACGAAUCGUUAGCUGGACAUGCAUGUCAGACUUUGAAAUUGUGGUUGAAAAAUAAUCCUAAAUAUUCACACAUGGUACCAGGUGAAAUUGCUCCUACACUUGCUCCUUCCUCAUUUGUAUCCAGUUCUGAUCACACAGAAGUACAAGGUCUAUUUAUAGAAGCUGCUAGAAUGUCCCCUCAAGAGAUUGAUGCAGAUGUGCAGAAUGGACUUGGUGUAUUAUUUAAUCUGAGCGGCGAGUAUGAUAAAGCUGUAGAUUGUUUUAGUGCAGCUUUGCAAGUUAGACCUAAUGAUGCCUUGUUAUGGAAUAAAUUAGGUGCUACUUUGGCCAAUGGAAAUAGAAGUGAUGAAGCAGUUGAGGCCUACCAUCAUGCAUUACACAUAUCGCCAGGUUUUAUCCGGUCGCGAUAUAAUCUUGGAAUAGCAUGUAUAAAUCUGGGAGCUCACAAUGAAGCAGUUGAACAUUUUUUGACAGCUUUGAAUAUGCAGAGAAAGAGUCAUGGAUUGAAAGACCCUCAGUUAGUAAUGUCGAAAAAUAUUUGGGGAACAUUGAGAAUGGCAGUUUCACUUAUGGGACGACCUGAUUUGUAUGAAGUUUGUGAUAGAAAUGAUUUAGACAGUUUAAACAGAGAUUUUAACAUGGAAUCCUGAUAUCAACUAAAUAUGGGGGAACAUUAUACUACUCAGGAAAAUAUGGAUUAUUUACCCGGAGUUUUGAAUUUGAUAUUCAAAUAGAUCCAGAAAAGUCAGAUUUAUGUUGAAAAAUAGGUCACAGUGGCCUUGUGCACUUGGCAUUUGAUAUGAUACAUUGAAAGGAAUAUCAUCUUUCACCAAACAUUGCAAGCAUGUGAUAUUAUAGUAUAUUUUAAUUCUCUUUAAACUUUCUAUGUUAUGGGCCAUAUUUGAGAGAAGAGAGCGAGUUUUGUAAUUCUAUAAUUGGAGCAAUACCAUAUAAUAACAAAGUUUGUUAUUUUCAGUAGAAGUUAAGCUUUGCUAAUAGGAAUGAAUCUGUGUGCUAUUGAUCAUCUUCCAAUGCAACACAAACAUAUAUGCCUAUUUUCACUAGAUUUGACCUUCUUCAUGUAGGUUCUUACACUUUUAAUAUUUGGGUAAUAAUAUUUUCUAAUGCAGUCAUCUGAUGCAACUAUUUUUACAAUGAUUGCUGUCUUUUCACUCUAUUUACUUUUCUUUUGAUGAGAAAAAAAUUCUUUCAUUAUGAUAUGAUAUCAGUAAUAGCUUCAUUCAAGUUUUAUGGCACUAAUUGUAGAUGAGCUUGUAUACAUAAUAAAAUGUUUGUGCAUGCAUUUGGUCGAAAGCUGUGUGGUAGGAUCUCUGAUAUAAGAACUGUUUCAUCAUUUAAUUUGUUCAACCUCUCUGUAGCCAUUGAUAGUCAUUAAAGAGGCACUUAGUGAGUCAUUUAUAUGUGUAACAAACUAACUUUGUGCAUGAUAUCUCAUCAUGAUUUACAUUUUUCUGGUAUUCUAAAGUCAUAUACUGUGGAUUCAUUAUUAUUCGUGGAUUUUGUGGGUAUAGAUGAACAAUGAAUUUUUUUGUUCAACCAAGGACAAACUAUCUUUAGCUGUAUUUGGCAAAACUUUUAGGAAUUUUUGGUCCUCAAUGCUCUUCAACUUCACACUUUAUUUGGCUUUUUUAUUUUUUUUUCAUUCGAGCGUCACUGAUGAGUCUUUUGUAGACGAAAAGCGUGUCUGGCGCAAUUACAAAAUUUCAAUCCUGGUAUCUAUGAUGAGUUUAUUUCUAUAUGCUUAUAUGCAAAUUUUGCCAAAACCAUAAAAAAUAAAAUAUCCACAAAAUUACAAUCAUUCCUUUAUCCACGAAAAUAAUUGAAUCCAAGUAAAGCAACAAUUUAUUUAUUCAUUGGAAGACAAUAAUUCAGUUGAACCCCUUCUUCUUCCUGACCUUGCAAUAACAAAUGGUAAUCAUGAGCAUUUGCAUAUGUUUGGUAUUAAGACUAUGGUAAAUACUUCCAUGAGGCUCUAAUUUUCUCUUUAUUUGCAGCAGGAGUUAAACCACAAAAUUUAACUACCGGUAUGUGAGCACUUGAUUGUCCAAUUUAUGCAUUGUACAAUGCCUUUAAACAUGAACAAUGAAACAUGAUAAAUAUUUAACUGUCAAUUCUAAGGCCCAAAACAUGAACAAAACAUGACACAAAAAUAACUGAUAGCUUGAUUUACGUCAAUACUAUAUAAUAAUGAUAAAUAUGAAACAAACUGAAAAAUUUUCUCUUAAAAAAAAGUUAACUGAGUUUGUAAGAGUGCAUUAAAACUUUAAUGAAGCUAUAUUGAUAUCAUAUAACUAAGCACAAAAAGACAGAAAUUUAAGCACAUGCAUUAUCACAACAUGUAAAAUUGCAAUUGUAUACAUGCCUUUGUAUAUUUAUCAAAUAGUGAUAUGAAAUUUUAAUGAAGCUUAAUUGAUAUCAUCCAAAUUUUGUAUGUUCUUGAAACAUCUGUUUUAUCUAAAUGAGUCAAAACUUUGGUAUGCAAUUAAUGUUGACAGCUUAAACAUCUAUGAUUGAUAUGUUAUUAAACAUGUUAUCUUUGGUCUUCAAUUAUUUAAUACAGAGUUGUUGAGAAACCACAUAAAAUACAAAUGAUUUACACUUAACAUAAGUAUCAGAUAUAUUGUACAUUUUUAGUAAUUGAUGCAAUAUGGUUCAAAUGAGAUAAUCUCCAGUUUAUCAAAAUAAAAUCUCAAUAAGGAAAAGUACAGUCCAUCACACAUUUCAACUUCUACAUGUCAUAUGAAUGUCUGGUAGGUCCAAUUCAUAACUUUUUUUGCUGGUCCGUAUGUGUCUUAUUACCACUUGAUAAAGAGUUUAUAUCAUUCAAGUUUUGUAUGUUCUUGAAUAGGUGAUUGUGUCAAUAACAUUUUUAUAUCCCGAGACUUUUAUAUAUCAUCUCUUCAUAUAUAAGAUAAUAAAAAGAUGGAAAUUUCAGCUAAUAUUUUGAUAUUAUAAAUUGCUAAUUUUUGUAUUAGUUAAUAGUUCUACUUUAUCAAAAGAAUCCUUUGAUAUUUGGUAUAAUGUUCAAUUAUAUUGAAUGGAAAGGUCCAUUGUUUUUUUAAUUAGUCUGUUUAUAUGUGUCAUACAAGUGAGUGGUUUAUCUAGCUAUAAAACCAGGUUUAAUCCACCACUUUCUACACAAGGAAAUACCUGUUUCAAGUCAGGAAUAUGCCAUUUGUUUUCCAUUCCUUUGAUGUGUUUGAGCUUUUGAUUUUGCCAUUUGAUAAAGGACUUUCCGUUUUGAAUUGUCCUUGGAGUUCAUCACUUUUGUUAUUUUAGUUUUUACAAAGCAUGAUCAUUUUCACAUAUCACUAGUAUGCUCUUAUCCUAUUUAUGGUUGUUGAUAUCCAUAGGUCAUUAAAAAUAUUUGACACAUGUAAUUUGAUUUGAAAUUUUUUUCAGAAUUUUGUCCCAGUCCAACACUUAUAUCCAGAUAUAAGGGCACAUAUUUUGUAUGUGAAAAUGUUUUUUUUAAAACUAUUUAAAAACACCAUUGACAGCUCAUUAUUUCAUUAGCAGAUGAUUAUGGGGAUAUGUGGUAAUUUUUUUUUUAUUGAAAGAAAUUCUUUUAUUUGUGGCUGAUUUACAGAUGUAGAAGUGUCCAUUUUUCAUGUGACUUGAUAAAAUAUAUGUCUUGGACGAUAGAAGGUUAAUCAAUAUUACCAUAAUAACAUUGAACAGUGGCAUUGUGUACAAUCUAAUUAUAUUGAUGGAUAUCUUAUAUAAGCUUCCAAUGGUAUUUUCAUGUAAAGACUGCCACCCUAUUUGUAAAACACUUUGUUCAUUGAGACUUAUUGUGACAUGCUUUUAUCUUGUUUAUGAAUGAUUGUUAUAGAAUAUUGAUUAUUUCCAUUAAAUUAUUUUUAUACACCAA